GCAAGUCCCCCGCCAAAUGUCUCGGCCCUCUCCAAAUCAACUCUAAGUACUCCGAGUCGAGAUUCCAGAAGCAGACGAAUGCAACUGUACCUGAACAAACUACGCUAAUAUUGAAUGAGACCGGCACUCUUUCAGUCCUUUCUGGUCUGUGAGAGUUUACAUCCUCCGUCAACCGUCAUGAUACAAUGCCGUUGAGUCAAGCUCCAUUUGUGACAUUAUCAUGGCUCAAGUGGACGCUGUCAGCUUUGGCACAGAACUCAAGGAUGCCUACAAGCCCGUAGACAACUGGGUCAGCCUCGGAAUUGGUUGGCUCACCGAAAUCCAAGAGUUUUACCAAGAGCGGUCCGCCAUCGAAAAAGAAUACAGCCAGAAAUUGACUGCGCUGGCGAAAAAAUACUAUGACAGAAAGGCAAAAAAGUCUAGCAAUUUGAGCGUUGGCGACAAUCCAGUCUUGACGCCGGGUUCAUUGGAAGCUGCCUCGCUGACCACAUGGACAACGCAACUGUCCACAUUGGAGGCUCGAGCCAACGAGCAUGCCAAAUUCUCCACAGACCUGAUCAGCCAGGUUUCGACACCACUUGAAUAUAAUGCGAGGAAAUUGGAAGAACUUCGAAAGAGCCAUGCGGAAUACCAGGCCAAACUCGUCAAAGAACGAGACUCGUCGUAUGGCGACCUCAAGAAACUCAAGGGAAAAUAUGAUACCGUGUGUCAGGAGGUGGAGAAUCGCCGAAAGAAAGCAGAGUCAUCCUUUGAAAAAGCCAAAGCCCAGAGCUCAUACAACCAGCAAUUGAUGGAAAUGAACAAUGCCAAAAACACCUAUUUGAUUGGAAUCAACGUCACCAACAAGCUCAAGGAGUGCUACUACCACGAGUAUGUCCCGGAACUAUUGGACUCAUUGCAAGAUUUGAACGAAACUCGAGUGUCCAAGUUGAACUCGAUCUGGCUGGUGGCUGCCACACUUGAGAACAACACACUCAAACGAAGUGUUGAGCACUUGAACCAUCUAUCUACCGAGAUUCCCCGAAACAAUCCCAGUCUUGACAGCAACAUGUUUGUUCGACACAAUGCGGUUCAAUGGCAGGAACCUGCAAAUCUCGUGUUUGAGCCGUCCCCUGUCUGGCUUGAUGCCGACAACAUGAUGACUGAUGAAACGUCCAAGAUCUUCUUGCGCAACAUUUUACAAAAGAGCAAACCUUUGAUCAACCAGCUCAAAACAGAAGGGGCCGCUAAAUGCCGGGAGCUGGAAAAUGUGAAGAAUUUACGCCAGAACAUUCGGGCGGGCAAAGACCGAAGGGAUGAGGUUGAUUGCGUUCGGUCACAGUUUGCAGUGCAAGAGGCUCUGCACGCCGUUGAUCGGAGACGAUUGACCGCCGAGGUUGAGAUUUCUACCAUCACUCAAGUGGUUGGUGACCUCAGCAUGUACGGGAAGAGUCACCCGUUCAAGUCAGAGACCUUCAAGAUUCCCACCAAUUGCGACCUAUGUGGCGACCGAAUCUGGGGUCUGAGCGCAAAGGGAUUCAUCUGUACUGAUUGUGGCUUCACAUGUCAUAGCAAGUGUCAGAUGAAGGUGCCAGCUGAGUGUCCGGGCGAACAAACCAAGGAAGAGCGGAAGAAGCUCAAAGCAGAGCGGCAGGCGGCAGCUAGCAUCGCGGCUGAGACGCCUGUGGUGAACGGCAAUAGCAACAACAAUCUUCCUCCUCUCACGAGACAAGAUACGAUGAACAGCCUGUCGUCUGGUUAUGCGGCGAGUGCGAGUCGAUCAAUGUCUGGCAAUAUUCCGAGAACCAGCACACAAGACGACACGACACCCACAACGAGCUCGCCAUUGACAGCAGCACCAUCCACCGCUGGAGCGAGUACAGGGGCCACGACAAGAAGGAAUCGAAUAGUGGCUCCACCUCCGGCGGCAUAUGUUGGCUCUUCAGGGGCCGCCGCAAACGGAAGCAAUCAACCCAGAGGAAGGAUGCUGUAUCCUUACGAGGCUCGCGAUUCGGGAGAAGUAUCAGUGUCGGAAGGGGCUGAAGUUAAAAUCAUCGAACCAGACGAUCAAGGCUGGACCAAAAUCAGCGUCGGCUUCGGCAAGGAAGGACUCGUACCGACAGCAUAUCUCGAAGAACUUCCUCCCGCGGCAAGCACUCCCGCACAGGAACGACCACCAUCACUGUACUCGAACAACUCGAGUGCGUCACUAGCUUCAUCCAACCUAGCAUCCAAGAAGAAACAAGGCCCGGCAGUGGCACCACGCAGGGGAGCGAAAAAGGUUAAAUACGCAGAAGCAUUAUAUGCAUACACAGCUCAAAGCGACGCUGAGUUCGACAUGGUGGAAGGAGAGAAGUUUAUCUUGGUGAGCAUGGGAUCAGGAGAUGGAUGGGCGGAUGUGGAAAAGAACGGUGAGGUUCGUAGUGUACCUGCGAAUUAUAUCCAAGAGGUAUAGUAUAGUAUAGAGGGAUGAUGGAUCUGUUCAAACGAGAAGACGUUGAAGUUGAUGUUACGAGCGAUCAAUCGAUCAAUCAAAUGAGCGUAUGUACCUAUCCAUUCACACGGGCAUUCCAUGGAAUACAAUACGAAUACACAUCCCUCAUUCA